AGAGCGAGGUGCCUUAUAACCGGGGGCUUGGAAGUCCCCCGCGCGUGAAGUCGGCGCGGUGCGCGACGCGGGGCGACGGGGGGCUCAGGGCUCAGCUCUGCACAGGCAGUCAUGGAAUUGAACUCUCUGUUAAUUCUCCUGGAAGCGGCCGAGUACUUGGAGAGAAGAGACCGAGAAGCAGAACAUGGCUAUGCAUCAGUGUUACCCUUCGAUAGUGACUAUUCCAGAAAGAAAACAAAGGCAGGCACCAUGGCCAGAAAAUCCCAGAAUAACAGGUCAUCACACAACGAACUAGAAAAGCAUAGGCGGGCUAAACUCCGGCUAUAUUUGGAACAGCUCAAGCAGCUCGUGCCUCUUGGGCCAGACAGCACCAGGCACACCACUCUAAGUCUGUUGAAAAGAGCCAAGAUGCACAUCAAGAAAUUGGAAGAGCAGGACCGGAAAGCUCUGAACAUUAAAGAACAAUUGCAGCGGGAGCACCGCUACCUCAAGCGCCGGCUGGAGCAGCUCUCCGUGCAGGGCAUGGAGCGGAUCCGCACCGACAGCAUGGGAUCAACAAUAUCCACUGACUCUGAGCAAGAAGUAGACAUUGAAGGGAUGGAGUUCACCCCAGGGGAAAUGGACAGUGUUGGGAGUGCCAGCGACGCUGAAGACCACUACAGUUUGCAAAGCGGCUCGAGCGACGGAGGGUACACACAUUCCCGCAGACUGAACGCCAGGCUCUCCUAGUGCCUGAGGUACCCACCCAGCUCAGGACCAUCUGACUGAAGCACUUAAAUAUGAAUAUUCCAGAGGUGUCAACUGCCACUCUUCCGGGAAACCCCAACCACAGUACUCUGACCUGGAGGUUUCUUACCCACGGUUCCCUGCACUGUAACCACGAUAUUAGAUCUUGUAAAUCCUGGGUUUGCUGCAGAGAACUGUGGUUAGGUACAGUUGUGACUUAAAAGCUAGCUUGAUGUAGCCAUACUGCAAAUUUAAAGAGAAAAAAA